AACUGCUUCCAGUGAACACACAAACAACAAUGGCGGCAACGGCAAAACCGGUGAUGAUCGUCGGAGUUGACGACAGCGAGCAGAGCUUUUUUGCACUGGAGUGGACACUGGAUCACUUCUUAGGACCAUCUGCUCCAAAUCCGCCGUUCAGUCUAAUCGUCGUUCACUCCAAACCUACUCCUACAUCUUCCAUGGGAUUUGCGAUUCCCGGUGUGGAUAUCAUAUCGCAUGUGGAUACGGAUUUGAAGAACAUCGCUAAUCGAGUGAUCGAUAGGGCGAAGGAGCUUUGCCUUUCUAAAUCGGUGAACGAUGUAUCACUGGAAAUUGUUGAAGGUGAUGCUAGAAACGUUCUAUGUGAUGCUGUGGAGAGGCACCAUGCUAUCAUGUUGGUUGUUGGUAGCCAUGGUUAUGGAGCAAUAAAAAGGGCGGUUUUGGGGAGUGUUAGCGACUAUGUGACCCAUCACGCUCACUGCACCGUGAUGGUCGUGAAGAAGCCCAAGACCAAACAUGAAGACCAUCAUCAUUAACCUUUCGUACCAACCAUACCAUUGGUGUCACCUGUAACAACUAUGUUGUGAAUUGUCAUCUUCCCUUAUUACCCAUUUGCUUUGAAAACCUCGACACCAUUGCCUGCUCAAUAUGCGUGUUCAACUCUGUUCAUCUGUAGUUUGAAAAACUUAUUUCUUUCUUGUAACUGUAAUUUGUGAGUUUCAUUAUAAAUAAUGUUUUGGUGCAUUGAGAAAAUAUGGAU